GCUUACUGUAGCCACGGCUCCUCACCCUGUCAAACUCUUUACCGAGCACACAGGUAAGAGGCAUGUGGGGGCUGUUUCAGAACGGCAGGACAUCACCCCAAAAGCAGGAAUGUCCCGCCGGAUCCUGGACGGUUGUCAGGUCUAACUUUCCGUGAUGUCUCCAGAUUUUUAUAUGAAUAUGGGGAUUUUUUUUUUACUACAUGUAAUCAUUUUCUUUUUUACUGUGAUGACAUAAACAUUGAUGGCUGCCAUUUUCAUGGUAUCUUUUCUCUUUUUCAUUGCCUUUGGGCAUGCUUUCUCUCUGUGUAUGCUAACGGAAUAUAUCAUGUAUGUGGAGAAGGAGGAGUGUGCCUACUGUAUUGCUAUCAACACCACCAUAUGCUCUGGAUACUGCAAGACAACGGACACAAAUGUGAAAGGAAGACAACUAAAGACCAUAUCAAAUCAAAGUGUGUGUACCUACCAUGACUAUAUCCACAAGACUGUCUCUGUUCCUGGCUGCCCUGGACAUGUUAACCCACUGUAUACUUACCCUGUAGCUCUGAGCUGCAAGUGUGAGAAAUGUAACACUGAGUAUAUUGACUGUAUGCAAGACAGGAUCGACUCUAAUUAUUGCACCAAACCAAGAGAGCCAAAAUAUCUUCUCUACAAAUAUUUGAAGUAAUAUACCAUAAGAAUUUAAAAGUAUGAAAUGAUUGAUUAUAAGGAUUUCUUCAUGAUUAGAUUAGAAAACACAUGCUCAUAUAUUUGUAUUGGUUAUCAAUUUUUAAAGUUGGGGUGCCCAUGCACAUAACGGAUUGUGUGAAAUAGCUGAAAACUAGACUAACAGCAAAAAUAUUUCAAGAGUACCUAUUACCAAAAAGGUCAGAUGUGAAGAUCCUUGUGGAGCUACUCCUCUACUGAUAAGUGUGCUUUAUAUCUCCUUGUUCUGACACCUCUCUCCUUGGUGCCUUAUAUCAAGGACCAAUAUUCAGAUUUGGGCUUAGAUUGUUAACUGGGCGGCCUCCACCA